AUGCCCACCCUAUGGCUCUCCGACACGCAGAAAUUCGGCGUAGCCUUCUCCACCGGCGGCGUCGCCUUCCUCUUCCUCGGCCUCCUCUUCUUCUUCGACCGCGCCCUGCUCGCCAUGGGCAACAUCCUCUUCCUCAUCGGCAUCACACUCCUCCUCGGACCUUCACGCACGUUCCUCUUCUUCGCGCGGAGGAAUAAGUGGAGGGGUAGUGCGGCCUUCUGGGCGGGCGUGCUGUUGAUUUUGAUGAAGUGGACGUUGAUUGGGUUUGCGGUGGAGUGUGUGGGGAUUUUUUAUCUGUUUGGGGAGUUCUUUAAGACAAUGGCAGGGUUCGCGUACAACGUACCGAUCAUUGGACCGUAUUUGGCACGAGGGCUGCAGGUGGCCGGCGACAAGGCUGGAGCGAACGACAGGGCGCAUAAGGAUCUGCCCGUAUGA